AUGGACAAGGCAAAGGCAGCAGUUGGAAACUUCCUAUCCAAGGAUGGAAAGCACGACACCACCGUCCACGAGACCAUCAAUCCCGCCGUUCAACAAGAGCACGUAACUCGCACUCAGCUCAACCAAGAGACCAAAGCCGUCGAUCGUGAAGUCCACCAAGACCAUUACCAUACAUCCGUCCAGCCCAUCGCAGACCGCGAAGUCCUCCCCGAGCAACACUCGCACCAAUUGGCAGGCGUCGAGCACCGUCACCUCAAGCACGGCUCAGACGAUCAUGCAAAGUCCCGCCUUACCGCUGAGCAAGCUCAAUUCAAGAAUACCCGUGAAGUCGGCGAGACGCAGCGUACUACUGCUGCCGGUGAGACGGUUGCCGGCGAGCACGUCCACCACCACGUCCAUGAGAACAUCCAGCCCGUCAUUCAAAAGGAGACGGUUCAGCAUUCUGUCGUCCACACCACCGUCCCUGUCCACGAGAUCCAUCAAAACGAAGCCAAGCACCACACUGCCAGCCAACUCCCACCCGUAACCAUGGGCGAGUUCAAGAGUCAAGGCGGUUCUCUGGGUGGACGCGAGGAGCGAACUGAUGCCUUUGGCGGCGAGCCAAGAUCUGUUGGUGGAACUCUCGGCGGAGCAGGUGCCAAGGGUACGACGAGUUUGACCGACACCGAUACUUCUCGGACUGGUGCAACUGGUACUCGUGGAUCUUCUGCCAACACCCACAGCGGAGUUUCCACAACAGGUCUAACUGGCAACCACAGCCAUGACGGAACUUCUGCUGGUGGUUAUGGAUCUUCUACUGGUAACUACGGAUCUACUACCCAUGGUCAAGAUUCCACCACUGGUAACUAUGGAUCUUCGACUACCCGUGGCCAUGACUCUUCCACUUCCACCACUGGCAAAAAGCCUAGUUUGUUGGAUAGGUUGAACCCAAAGAAGGAUACGGAUGGAGAUGGAAAAUCUGGCAUUAUGGAUUAG